AUGAGCGGCCUCGGUCUUGACCACGUGUUCCCGUUUCCGCGAGAUGAUGCCGUUACGACUUCCAGCGAGUCGCCGGAAGCUUCUGAGGGGAUUCGGACGCCACAAGUAGUUGUCCACGACUCUGAAAAGCCGUCGCCCGAAAGGGGACAGCCCGCCGAAGGCUCGCCUGCUUCGCUCGCACACGUCUUCCCGUGGCAGCGUUCGCCAAGCUUGCCUUUUGACCAAGAUGGCAUGGAGGCUGGCAUGCAGGUCUUCGAGCCUUUCGAUAUCGGCGACAUGACUCCGACUCCAAGCGAGUGGUCUGACGGGCAAUUCUCGAGUGCCCAGCAGUCUCCGGACAGACGGCGCAAAGAGGCAGCAGGGUUAAUACCUAGCCGAGCCCCCACACCAGCUGUGCCGAGAAGUGUACCAGAGGCGGCGGUAUCGCAACUCCAGGCUCUUACCCAGCCCGAGCCCGCCUCGGUGCCUCAAGCUGUGCCUGCUGUCCCAGAUGAAGAGUUGAUUCCGACACCUGCUGCUGAGGAGAAGGUUGCCCCACUUGCUAGCGCUGCAAAUGAAUCGCAGCCAUACGUGGAAGAAGAGGCCUCGAAAGAAGAGCCUGCUUCACCGGUGUUGAACAUUGUAGAAGAUUCUCAGCCCCCAAUUGAUACAUCUGCCCCAACCUCGUCCCUCGAUGCCAUCCCGCAAGAGCCCGUUCCAAUUUCUCAGCCGGAACCCUCCCAGCCACAGGAAGAACCAGAGGCGGAACUGGCAGAAUCUUCCCAACCCCCGCUGCCCUCUCCAGUUCCCAUUUCUCGGAUCGCCAAUCGCUACAUGCUAUACGACACGGAUGCCAUAUCGUACUUGAGACGGGAGCACAACAUCUGCGGUGUCUUGAUCGGCACCCUUCCAAGCCACCCUCAACAAAAUGUUUUCCUCGGGACGCCUCUUGAGCUCAUGCCUGAAGAAGCGCGCCGUCUUGUCGAAAUUGGGGCCGCUUAUAUCGUUGAUGACGUCGAAAGGCACAAGACAGGAAUCUUGGGGCUGGGCGAUGCUGAGCGUAAAGCUUUCCUCAGAGCGCUGGAAAAGCAAGGCAUCGAGGCUUCCCGGGCAAGCCAGAAGAAGGCGGAUGAUAUCAAGAAGGAAGCCAUGAAGAAGAAUGCCGAUAAGAUCGAGAAGGCAAGGAAGGCGAAGCAGGAGAGGCAGCAGCAGCAAGAACAAGCGGCGGCCCAAGGUGGUGUGGAAGCAGACUCAUCCCUCUUUGCUUCCUCUGCACCUCCGCGUCCUGCUUCGCCCACGCCGUCGCAGGCACCGUCAUCAGUUGCCCCGGAUGACCGCUUCUACAUCACGCCGUCCAUCUCCCAUCCGCCUCUUCCGACGGCCCCGGCGUCGCCGUCGGAACCCAAGGAGCUUCCAAAGGUCCCGAAGUCCUAUCCACUCUUCGCGUAUCUCCACUCGAGAGGCUUCUUCAUGUCCCCAGGCUUGCGGUUUGGCUGCCAGUACUGCGUGUACCCGGGCGAUCCGUUGCGUUUUCACAGUCACUAUUUGGCAGUGGGAAUGGGAUGGGAUGAGGAGUUCGACUUGAUGCAGCUGGUCGGAGGUGGGAGGUUGGGUACCGGUGUGAAGAAAGGCUUCUUGGUUGGCGGCAAGGAGAGAAAGAUUGGACGGGCAGAUGACGAGCAGGAAGAUUCUGCAGCUGGAGUCAGGGCAUUCAGCAUUGAGUGGAGCGGGAUGUGA